ACCGCUUGAGGAGGUGCGACAUUUCUCUCCAAGCAAACAAUUUUUUGUCCCAUCUAAACUCGGCACACGACUGACGUGCCUGACACAAUCCAUGCGCCGGUACGUAAAUAUGGGCGUGGCCAAAGUCAGGGGGUGCUCUCACUAUCCAGCGUUUUCGUCAGAUGUAGCGAUCGAGCGUCAGAUCGGCGGCCACCGGCCCGGGUCUCGACUGGUGAGCGAUAUCGGCAGUGUUUAUAGUGUGUGCGGCCGCUGCCCUCGAUACUGACCGGCGGCGGCAGCGGCGGGCCCGCGACGACGGUCAGUCGACGGCCGGAGGCGGCACAAGAAGGUGGCCCGGAGGCGACACAGGAAGGCGGCAACCAUGUCGGUCCAGUCGGCCAUGUUCCAGAGGCUCUUCCAGCGGCGGCACAGGACCGUCAGCGGAAUGCACGACUACAACAUCGAGUACGUGCCCUACAGCCGCGACCGGCUGGACGAGAUCAUCGAGCUGAUGCUGGACACAUUCUUCACCCGCGAGCCACUGGCGAUGAGCGUCUCCAGCGCUCCGGGCUCCUCCCGCGAGGACGUCCUCAACUGGCUGCGGCCGUGCAUCUCCGGGUGGACGCACGAGGUGAUGCUGCUAGCCGUGGACGCCGACCGUGACAAGCUGGUGGGUGCCACGCUGAAUAACGUGAUCACGGCUGAGGACCGCGACACGUGGAGCUGGCCCCGACACGCCAACACCGAGUACGCCCGGCUGGUGUUCGGCUUUACAGAGGAGCUCGGCCACGAUGUGGACGUGUUCUCACAUUUCGGCGCCACGCGCGUCCUCCACCGGUGUAUGACGGCCGUACACCCGGACUACCACCACCAGGGCAUCGCCAAGGUGCUCGUCGACACCAGCUCGUUCGAGCUCGCGCGCAAGGAGGGCUGUGAGGCCGUGGUGGCCGGCGUCACCCACCGCGCCGCUCAGAAGAUCCUCAUCACACAGGGCUUCGAGGUGCUGCAGGAGCUACCCUACCUGGACAGCAAGACGCUCACAAACAGUCCCUACUUUGACGAGACGCGGCUGGGCCACCACAGGUCGGCCAAGCUGAUGGGUAUCUCACUGACCGACUAGUAGUCGGCAGACUGCUGGGCCUCGAUAACCCGGUUUGGGGCCGGGUUGCUGCAAUGAUAUCCCAGCUGUGUGUGCGUGCGUGUGUUGAUGUGUAUGUGCCGCGAGGAGUUUGGGGGGGGGGGGGGUGGCAGAGCUCUUCUCUGGGAUCGUACGUGUGUAUGUGAAGGAGGGGAGGAGUGCGAAAUAUCUUCUACUGGCUACGCUACGACAUAAGCAUUGUCUGAGUUAAAAGCGCCGGGAGUUCCGAGAUAUGCUAUAAUGGAGGAAGUAAUGAAUGGCAUACGAGGGGUGCUACAGUGGAAUGACGACGGACACCAUGUGUGCAACAGAGUACAUAUGUAUUGAUAAAUGUUGAGUGUUGUGGCUCCGGCUACUGACGGCCUGCUCUGAGCUGUCACGCCUCACCUGUGUAUUGUUCUUGUAAGUGAUGGGUAUGGCAUUCUAUCGUCUGCCAUACGUAGGCGCCGAGUGUCCGACUGUCUGAAGGCGCGGACUGUGUUCGGUCGCAUCGAAUGAUGUGACUCUAUUGGCUAGAGCGCCGAGUUGCCGCCGCGGUACAGUGAAUAUAACCUUAGACCUCUGUAUACCGGUAUACAAAGGUCUAUGACGCAACUGAUGUUGGAUACCUGCAUAUCGUGUAACAAUGCUUCUAGCGAAAGAUCGAGGCAAUAAAGUGACACAACAAA